AUGUCAACAUUCCUUCCACGAUAAGAAAACUACUAUAAGUGACACGCACACAAACACACACACACCUGCUGUACCACUACCUUUCCUGAAGCACCUCCUCCUCCUCCUCCUCCUCCUCCUCCUCCUCCUCACAUGUCGCACCCUCACCACGAGCGGUUCUCAGUCAAAUUACUUUCUUCCUUUACCAGUGAAUUACCAACGUUAACGUCUCUCUUCACCAAGGAACAAAAAGAUAAUAAUAUGCAAGGACGUUCAGGUGGAGAGAAAUGCGUGUAAAGAAGAGAAAGAAAGAAAAAAAGACACUAAGGGACUCCCAGUGUGGUGCUUCCUAUCAUGGCCCUUGUGACGCCCGCCUGGCCAGCCCUCCGCCCUUCGUCGUCGCUGCCACUCCCAUCCUCGCUGCCACUGCCCGCCACGCCCGCCGCCGCCUCCACCAGCGUAGCACAGUGUCCGGUCCACGCCAUCCUCAAGGACCCAGAGUAAGGUGGAGGCCAGAUGGAAGGUGUGGAGUUAACUUCCCUCUCGAUGGUUGGCCGCAGCCCGCCGAGUGUGACCCGAAGAGCGACCGGCCCUGCUGCAGUGACUACGGGUACUGUGGCAACUCCCUGUCCCACUGCGGCUGCCCGGACUGCAUCGACUAUAGGAAUGUGAUACGGGAGGCGGAGUGCUACUAUUCCCUAGAGGGCGAGAGUGGCUACCUGGAGUCCCCCAACUUCCCUCUGGAGUACCCGCUGGGGAGGGAGUGCUGCUACGACAUCCAGCGCCCCUCGCUCAGGCACUGUGGCGUGAAGCUGACGGUGGAGGAGCUGGACGUGGGCCGCGGCGAGGAGGAUGGCUACUGUCGGAGGGACUGGCUCACCCUGCCGUCCUGUGUGCCCGAGCGAGGUGCCAGGAUCUGCGGCAGCAACGCCACGGGGCAAGUCUACCAGUACCUGUUCCAGCCCGGCUCCUCGGCCCUGCGUCUGGUGUUUCACGCGGGGCAGGAGGCAGAGGGGCGCACUGGCUUCAAGGUCAAGUAUGAUUUGCUCACCACCUGCCCGGGGCCUUACCAGACUCAGAACCUGCCCAUCUCCUUCAUCCCGGGGACCACUGGCGCGCCGUGUUACACCCGCAUCGUGGACACCAGGGGCACCAUCAACACUCCCUACCACCCCAAGUCUUACCCCGAGAACCUGGACUGUGUUUACGAGUUUGUGAGGAGGUCGCAGGACGUGUGUGGGAUCAAGAUGCAGACAGUGACCUUCGAGAUGGAGCAGCCGCUACUGACGGUGUUCGGAGGUGCCUGCACAGACUUCCUCCACCUGCCCUCCUGCGGCUUCCUCUGCGGCAAGGUCAACUUCACCUGGACGGCCGCCUUCCAGCCCAACGCCAAGAGUCUUAAGUUCCAUUUCCACUCAGAUGAGGCCACGGGUCACACCGGCUUCCUCAUCGGCUUCGAGCAGGUGACCCAGUGCUGAGGUGACCUUCGUCUGACCCCGCCACUGGUCAUGAUGGCCAGUAACCUUUACUUGUUACUGCUGCCUGCCCCUGUCCCGGGGGCCACUCAGGUUAGGUCACGUUCUCUUUAGUUCACUGCAGCGCGUUAUUGUUCUUCUUCUUGAGUUACCCAUAAAUCAUUGCCACUGUAAAUAGAGACAGUGUGACUGAAGCUUGGAGAGAAAACGGAGGUGCAUGUCCCGUGUCAGAGAAAACGUAGUCGACGCGUUUUUAUCUUUGUAUCUAGAGAGAGAGAGAGAGAGAGAGAGAGAGAGAGAGAGAGAGAGAGAGAGAGAGAGAGAAGGGGCAUUCGUUUUCAUAUUCUCUCGCGUUAUGUUCAUGAUUAAACGCCCGCUAGAAAAGAGGAAAUACACUAUUACGAAUAUAUAAGAAUGAGAUAGAAAUGGGGUUACACGUGACUCUUGAACAUUUCUCUCAAGGAUCAUGAUGGACGUUGUGCCCCAGUAGGUGAUAGAAAAUAAUUCUGCCUCUCCCUACCCAGUCCUCAAGUCAACGCAUCUUCGUCUUGUGACUGAAUUAAGGUCUUAUUAAACCUUGGUAUGAACUUAUCAGAGCCGAGAAAGACAUCAGUACUUCGCGUCGUGUUAAUAAUUAGUUAAGUGUACAGUAUCAACUCCAAGCCACACGUGACGAUGUAUUACGAGUGUGUAUAGUGUUUAGUGUUCUAUAGAUCUAUACCAUAACAGCCACGGGAUCUCCUCUGUAUGUAUUCCUCUACCCGCCUCCCUCGUCUCGUCAUGGUUCUCCUCACUUCAUAUUUGCUCUCGGAUGGCUCCUCGUGACUGUUGUUCCUGCGCCACUCAGUUCAUCACUCACUUCAUCGUCAUGGAGGAAAACUUGAUGGGCACUUAUCUUCUCCUGUCUUGUCUUCAGUUGCUCCAAAGAUGUGACGUCACCAAGUCCAGUGAAUUUCAUGUCUUCAAGUGGAAUGGAUGGAUUCAUGAACUGAUGUGUGUUAAGAGUUUUGUAAAGACCAAGAACUGAGGAUGUAAUAGAUACAGAU